AUGUGUGAUACAAAAGUUGGUUAUGAUGUUCCACAGGAUACAGUCGUUAUAAUUAAUCACUGGGCACUUCAUCACGAUCCUAACUAUUGGAAAGACAUUGAGAAAUUUGAUCCGACACGCUACCUCGACGAAAAUGGAAAGCUUGGUAUGAAACCAGAAAGCUGGUUACCAUUUUCUGCAGGGAGACGUGUAUGUCUAGGAGAAGUGGUAGCUAAACCAGAACUUCAUUUGAUUUUUGCAACGAUAAUGCAAAGGUUCAAGAUUACAUUACCCGAAGGAACCAAUCCGGAAUUGAAAUUAGGCGGAUCUAGUAGAAAUACACAACCUGCUCCGUUCAAAAUCAUUGUUGAAGGCAGAAUAAUUACAUGAAGAUGAAUCAAUCUUAACUGAUGAUCAGAAUCUAUAAUGAAAUAAACAAUGAAAAUAUAAUCAUUUUGUUAAAUAAAUAAAAAAGAUAUAGAUUUUUCUUA